ACACGUGCAAGCCCAUCUGAACUCCCCGCCGAGUCGUCGCCGAAUCCCCCUCCACCGACCCGACGCAACCCACGCCUCACCAGCCUUCGUCCCACUUUCCGCAGCGCAUCUCCCCGCCUCCGAUCUCGACCGUUUGCGGCUCAUCCGACGGUUGCUGCGGCUCACGUACGGGUCAGGCCCACGUUCCGCUAACGUGCUCCGUGGUCGUGACCCUGACCUGCGCGCCUUUCCCCUUGGCUAUUUAAGCUGGAAGAGCAGUUCGCCGCCUUCCAAGCUCGAGUCCUCCGUUCCGUUCCAGAUAAAUCCGGUUCGGUUCUUUUUCUCCGUGGGGCUCGACCGCUUCCAUCACGCUCUCGGAAGGAUGGCGUUCGUCGACGCCGACAAGCUCAGUUACGAGAUCUUCUCCGUCCUCGAGAGCAAGUUCCUCUUCGGCCUCGACGACCCCAACAAGCUCUUCUUCCCCACCUCCUCCUACUCCUCAGCUGGCGCCUCCCCCCGGACCGCCGCAGGUGCCCGAGGAAGGAUCCGGAUCCUGUCCAUCGACGGCGGCGGCAGCCCCUCCGAUGCCCUCCUCGCCGCGGUCGCCCUCGCCCGGCUCGAGUCCUCCCUCCGUCACCGUUCCGGCGACCCAUCCGCCCGCGUUGCCUACAUGUUCGACGUCGCGGCCGGCUCCGGCGCCGGCGGCGUCCUCGUCGCGAUGCUCUUUACCAGUGACCACGACGGUCGGCCCUUGUUCUCCGCAACCGACGCCCUGCACCUCCUCCUCUCCGAGAGCCGCCGCCGCGGGCGCGGCUUCUCCUCCGGGAGGGGCCUAUUCCGUGGGAUGUUCCGUCGACCCGGGAGAUUCUUCCGUCGGAUCUUCGGCGACGCGACGCUGAGGGACACCGUCAAGCCGGUGCUCAUCCCGUGCUACGACCUCGCCACGGGGGCGCCGUUCCUCUUCUCGCGGGCUGACGCGGUAGAGGCAGACGGGUACGACUUCCGGAUGUGGGAAGUGUGCGCGGCCACGUGCGCCGACGCAUCCACCGCGGCGGUCGAUCUGCGGUCGGUGGACGGGCGGACGCGCGUCACCGCGGUGGGCGCCGGGGUGGCGAUGGCCAACCCUGUGGCCGCGGCCAUCACGCACGUCCUCCACAACAAGCCGGAGUUCCCGUUCGCGGCCGGGGUGGAAGACCUCAUGGUGGUGUCUCUCGGCGCUUCCGCCCCCGCGCCAGCCGCACCGGGUGCCGCUGAGCUCGUCAGGAUCGCUGGCGAGGGCUUCGCCGACAAGAUUAACUCAUCAAAAGCCGUGGCUUUUGUGAUCAUCGUCAGGUGGAUCAAGCGGUGGCGACGGCAUUCGGACACCGUAGAGCAAGCAAUUACCUGCGCAUACAGCAGAGGUCGCCGACCCGCUGGUCAAUUUGGCCGAGGAGAGGGGUCGUCGUUUUCUCCGGGAAAGGGCUCCCCGCCUGUAUGUCCGGCGAGACACGCCUCGUCUUCAUUCCUGCACACAGGUCGGGUCGGAAGCUCGGCCCGACCCCUCCGACGAUCAAGUUAGUGAUGUGGAGGAGAGUGCUCUCUCCUUUUUUCCUUUUCUCCUGUAUCUUUAGAACGCGAGGGUAUUUAUAAGGGGUUUGAGUGUUACCGGAUGCACCUGCCCACUGGGAGCAGGGUCGUACCCCCUGAUGACGUUUGACAUUGUUGUUGGCAUGUCAUGAGGAGGCAAGUUUGAGCGGUCGUUGAUGGGCCUCGGUUGGCGUUCCAGCCCAUGCUAGCCAGGCGUUGUCAGCCUGUCAAAGACACGAGGCGUCAGCUGAUGUCACGAGGGUCUUGUCGUAAUUAUUGCCCUUUAUCACCUAUAAUAACGUGGUUAUAGCCACAGCCGAUGGAUAGCCUCUACAUGACACCGCAUUCAUGUCGGAAAAUUGUACGCCAAAGACGACGAGCUCGAAGAGCUCGGUGGAGGCAGCAGAACGCGUUCUGUCAUAGCGACACGUGGAGUCGCUGCUCUUCAGAGGGCGAGGAAAGAUCUCGGAGCGGACCAACGGUGACGAGCUCGACCGGUUCACGGAGGAGCUCGUAAAGGAGGAGGAGUGGAGGAAGAAGGGCCCGAUCCCGACGGUGGUGCUAAAGCAAGUGAUGACGCCGCGAACGUCGUCAGCGACGACCGCGACUACGAUCACCGUUACCACGACUAUUUCUACGAGCACAACAUCGACAUGAUGGAGACGGUGGAGUCGAGAUAGCUGCUUGUGCAUAGACUGUUGUGGGUUCUAAAAUGUGUGUUUUCCUUAGCGGAGGGUAUGACGUGGGAAAUCAAUUCAAGCUUGGAAAUUGUUCGCUAAAUUAUUAACGCCGUAGAAAUGUGAAUUUGGAUCUCUCAUAUUAAUUGUGUUUGGAAUUCAAGAUGGACACUAUUUUACCUUCGAACUUAUGAUUCCCAAUUAUAUGUGAUCAUCUAAAUGAUUUUUGGAACAUAAUGGCUUUCUUUGGAAAAAAUCAACAUAUGAUAGCAUUAAGAAGCAAUCUAAAACCCAAGUAUAAUCGAGCGUUGGAGUCAAAAUAGCACUCGUUUGACCAAUGUGAUGUAGUUGCAUUAUUGAAGGGUUUAACCUCUGAACUACGAUGAGGCUGACUUCUCACUCGAGUUGAUGAUGAACACGUCACUGAGAGUGAAGUGACAAGACUGGUGCAACUCUAGGUUUGGCAAGACGAGCCACGGCCCACUGCAUGAGCGCCAAGGAAACUUCCUCCGAGUUGCCUUUUACCUUUCGUCAACCUGUGGUCGUCUCAGAUCCCACAGCGAAUAAACCACAGGUGCAAAUCCAACAUGUAGAGGGGCAUGAAACAAACAGUCCCAAGGAGAAUCUGCAUCUCUGAUGAUACUCUAAUGAACCUCCCACUGGAUACGGAGCAACAGCUCAUCCUGUGUUGGCUCAACAUGGCAUAAGAAGAGCUCGGUGUCCGUGUUUAGUUUGUCACCCACUUGGAAGAAACAGUCUCCAUGAUUUACGGUUAUGAAGAUUACAAGGUGGCUGAAGCUUUUGGAUUCCUUUGGUGUACUAAUAGAUUCACAUCUUCCUGCAGCUAUAUAGUUUUUUUUGAGACAACUAAUUUCCUUCUCCAUUUCUGCACUGAUCUUAUACUGUAAACGUGUGAUAUAUAUAUAUAUACAGAGAGAGAGAGAGAGAGAGAGCAUGUACGAGAUCUGUAUCUUUCUACAGGUAAUAGUGCUCUAACAAUGUCUUCUUUGAUAAUAUCUGUACGGGAGUUCAUCAUGCAGACAGAUAGUGUGAGCUAGUGCUGCAUGCAUGGCAACGAUAAAUCAAUAUGGUGCUGCAAACUAAUACUAGUUACUUAUACAUUUCCCAGAA